CACCCUGUCUGCUUCUUGUCCCGUCUUCAGACACAAUUCGUACGGUUUCUUGUCUCUCAGGGCAAAACCCUAACCCUAAUUUCCCGUCAUGCUCAAGCUCCUCUCUUCAACGACUCACACCAUCCAUCACGCGAACCCGUCUCGGGUCGGGUCAAACCCAAUUAAGACUCCACUCUUCAAAGCACUGAGUCAUCUAACCGGAUGGAACCACGAGUUGGGUCGUCGUCGUGCUUUCUGCUCUAACAAAAGUGACGCCGCGGCCGAUCCCAAGUCAGAUGCGUCGAAUCCCGAAGCUUCCGACACGAAAUCGUCCUCUUCGGUUGUUGUCUCAACGACCACUACUAGCCUCGACGAUUAUCAAACGGUUAUAGCAUUGCCGUUGCCAAAAAAGCCUCUCUUUCCUGGGUUUUACAUGCCAAUCUAUGUCAAGGAUCGUAAAUUAAUUGAAGCUUUACAAGAGAGCAUGCGGAGACAAACUCCAUACGCAGGGGCUUUCCUUUUGAAGGAUGACGAGGCUUCAGCUGAUUCAUCUUCAUCUUCUACUACCUGUGAGACAGAGAAUGUUCUAGACAAGUUUAAAGGCAAAGAGUUGCUUAACCGUAUGCACGAAGUUGGCACACUUGCUCAGAUUUCAAGUAUCCAAGGUGAGCAAGUCAUCCUUAUUGGCCGCAGACGUCUUCGUAUAACAGAGAUGGUGAGUGAAGAUCCUCUAUCAGUUAAAGUUGAACAUAUAAAGAACAAGGCGUAUGACAAGGACGAUGAUGUCAUCAAGGCAACAUACUUUGAAGUUAUGUCGACACUUAGGGAUGUCUUAAAGACAACUUCACUAUGGAGAGAUCAAGUUCGGACAUAUACUCAGCACAUAGGUGACUUUAAUUAUCAGCAUUUAGCCGAUUUUGGAGCUGGGAUCUCUGGUGCUAACAAACAUGAAAAUCAAGGAGUUCUUGAAGAACUGGAUGUUCAUAAACGUCUGGAGUUGACGCUAGAUUUGUUAAAAAAAGAAGUGGAAGUUAACAAGAUUCAGGCAUCCAUAGCAAAAACUGUAGAAGAAAAAUUUAGUGGUGAGCGGCGACAAAUCGUGCUAAAGGAGCAGCUAAAGGCUAUCAAAAAGGAGCUUGGGGUGGAGACAGAUAGCAAAUUUGCGUUUUCUGAAAAGUUCAAGGGAAGGAUUGAAGUUAUUAAAGACAAGAUUCCAAAACAUGUAUUGAAAGUCAUAGAAGAACAUCUUACAAAACUGCAGCUUUUAGAACCAACUUCAAGCGAGUUUGAUGUGACACUUAACUACCUUGAUUGGUUGACCGUGUUGCCAUGGGGAAACCUCAGUGAUGAGAAUUUUGAUGUCUUAAGAGCAGAAAGGAUUCUUGACGAGGAUCAUUACGGUUUAUCUGAUGUAAAAGAAAGGAUACUUGAGUUUAUUGCUGUUGGAAGUCUCAGAGGCACUUCUCAAGGGAAGAUCAUUUGUCUCUCUGGCCCUCCUGGAGUAGGAAAAACUAGCAUAGGCCGUUCUAUAGCACGUGCGCUUGACCGCAAGUUCUUCCGGUUCUCUGUUGGUGGACUAUCUGAUGUUGCCGAGAUUAAUGGGCAUCGUCGAACAUACAUUGGUGCCAUGCCUGGAAAGCUUGUGCAGUGUCUAAAGACUGUUGGAACAGAGAAUCCUAUCAUACUGAUUGAUGAGAUUGAUAAGCUUGGAAAGGGCCACUCUGGUGACCCAGCCAGUGCGUUGUUGGAGGUUAUGGAUCCAGAGCAGAAUGCAAAUUUUAGAGACCACUAUCUAGAUGUUACUAUUGACUUAUCCAAGGUUUUAUUUGUGUGCACAGCAAAUGUGAUAGAUACGAUUCCAAAGCCUCUGCUAGAUAGAAUGGAAGUGAUUAGUCUCGCAGGGUAUAUUACUGAUGAGAAGUUGCAUAUUGCUAGAGACUUUUUGGUGAAAAACACUUGCAGAGAUUGUGGCAUCAAGCCUGAACAGGUUGAUAUGAGCGAUGCAGCUCUUCUUUCAUUGAUAGAAAAUUACUGCAGAGAAGCUGGUGUUAGAAAUCUCCACAAACACAUUGAGAAGAUUUAUCGUAAGAUUGCACUUAAACUAGUACGCCAAAGAGCAUCCACGGUAGUGCCUGCAGUUUCUGUUGAUGUUACUGACACUGAAGAUACUAAACCUUUGGCCAAGACCUCUGCAGAAGGAUCCACUGUGUUGACAGAUGAGUCAGCAACAAAGACUGAGCAGAGUGAAGUGGUAGCUGAAAAGGUUAUGAUUGAAGAAUCAAACCUUGCUGAUUACUUAGGCAAACCGGUUUUCCACUCAGACAAGAUCUAUGAAAAGACACCAGUAGGGGUUGUAAUGGGUCUAGCUUGGACAUCCAUGGGUGGAUCAACGUUGUACAUAGAGACAACCUUUGUGGAAGAAGUAGAACGCAAAGGCCGUCUUCGUAUAACGGGCCAGCUUGGGAGUGUGAUGAAAGAAAGCGCACAGAUAGCUCACACAGUCGCCAGAAGAAUCAUGCUUGAGAAAGAACCUGAUAACCUCUUCUUGGCGAACUCAAAGCUUCAUCUACAUGUUCCUGAAGGAGCCACGCCAAAAGACGGUCCAAGCGCAGGCUGCACAAUGAUCACUUCCUUGCUAUCACUUGCAAUGAAGAAGCCUGUGAGGAAAGAUCUUGCAAUGACAGGAGAAGUCACUCUCACCGGUAGAAUACUUCCAAUAGGCGGAGUUAAGGAGAAGACUAUAGCUGCGAGAAGGAGUCAAGUGAAGAUGAUAAUCUUUCCCGAGGCUAACCGUAAAGAUUUUGAUGAGCUUCCAGAAAACGUGAAAGAAGGGCUUGAUGUUCACUUUGUCGAUGAGUAUGAGCAGAUUUUCGAGCUAGCCUUUGGGUAUGACCAUUAGAAGAAGAAAUUUGAGAAGUCUCACUCACUUGAGGUCUUUCCUUGUUGUUGUUGUAUUUUUUUUUUUUUUUUGUCAAAAGUAAAAACUUUAUCAAUUAAAAAC